CAAUUAGAAAGUUAAUGAGAAAACACUAAUUAGUUUUGUUAAUUAAGCCCAUAACACUCGAUGUUUCUUAUUAGCUCUUUUGAGUUUAGUAAAAAUGCAAAUGGCGUGUUGUAAAACGACAAUUCUGUUUGCUUUGAUCAGUGUUUCUGUGUUAUUGUGCGGUGUGAAGCCAGAAUUCGCACCCAAAAUGACAUCUAAGCCCUUACAUCCCGACUAUCAAUAUCCAAUAUCGUACAAAGACCAUGUCUACACUUCUCUGAGUGACAACGCUCGCGAUUUAUUUUUCGCUGUGAAUAUACAUCCUUCGUGUGUCGCAAAGAAAGGACAAUGCAUACCACGAGGGCGAUGUAUUGAGAAGAAAAUGUUAUACAUAUCACGUAUUUGUUAUGCCUUGGAUCGUGUCUGUUGUUACUCAGACUAUGUUAAAGAACCCCAAGUGGAACACAUCACUAAGUAUCCUCCACCUACUAUAAUACCUAAUACCGAAUCUGUAUAAGAUUGUAUUAUUACUGUUAACUGAUGUAAUAAACGACUUAAAAUUGAGUAACGUUUCAGUAUUCCGGCAUUAGGACCUUAGCAUGUGUGUGUAGCGGAAUGUUGCUCAAAAUUAGCAUGCUCAUUUCAGACAUGUUUACAAAUCGGUAAGCGUUCGAUUUUUAAACAAGAAACAUUUUUGAACGUGCUCAAUAGAAC